CCACCCUCCCUCCCCGCUGCCAGUUUCUCUACAACUAGUACAUCCACACGCAGGGUCCCGGCCGCCGCGGCUGCCAUGGAUAUCAGCUAAAGCGCCGGCAGCCGCUCGGACCGGGCAGAGAGGAGCUCCCCGUCCCCGCUCCGUCGCCCCGCGGGGCCGCGGUACCCGCCCCCCUUGCCGGCAGCGGCCCCGAGCCUGCCCCGAGCGUGCCCCAGCGAAGCCCCGGGGGAGGGGGGCAGAGAAAGGGAGGAGAGAGCGGCAAGCAGAGCGGGAGUCGGGCAGAGCAUCCCCACGGCAAUGUCCAAGGGCUUGAAGAAGAAAAGCCACUGGACGAGCCGAGUCCACGAGAUCGUGAUCGUGCGGAACCCGGAGGGGCAGCUGGGCUUCGAGCUGAAGGGGGGAGCCGAGAACGGGCAGUUCCCGUACCUGGGCGAGGUGAAGCCCGGCAAGGUGGCCUAUGAGGGCGGCAGCAAGUUGGUGCCGGAGGAGCUGCUGCUGGAGGUGAACGAGACCCCUGUGGCCGGGCUCACCAUCAGGGAUGUGCUGGCCGUGAUCAAGCACUGCAAGGACCCCAUCCGCCUCAAGUGCGUCAAGCAAGGAGGCAUUGUUGAUAAGGACCUUCGUCACUACCUCAAUUUACGGUUCCAGAAAGGUUCGGUAGACCAUGAGCUCCAGCAGAUCAUAAGGGACAAUCUCUACCUCCGCACUGUGCCAUGCACCACAAGGCCACAUAAGGAGGGGGAGGUCCCUGGUGUGGACUAUAUUUUCAUCACUGUUGAAGAUUUUAUGGAAUUGGAGAAAAGUGGUGCUCUCUUAGAAAGUGGAACAUAUGAAGACAAUUAUUACGGCACUCCGAAGCCUCCAGCAGAACCAGCUCCAUUAUUGGUAAAUGUAACUGAUCAGAUCCUCCCAGGUGCCACUCCUGGAGCUGAAGGCAAACGUAAGAGGAAUAAGUCUGUGAGCAACAUGGAGAAGACAGGUAUUGAACCUCCUGAGGAAGAAGAGGAAGAAAGACCAGUGGUCAAUGGAAAUGACGUGACAGUAACACCAGAAUCAAGUGAACAUGAAGACAAGAGCACAGGUGUCUCAGGUGAAGUAUCUUCUACCCAACCAUGCCCUGCACCAGGAUAUACUCAACCUGAAGAAACAAAGGAGGAUAUGGAUGUAACAAAACAGACAAAGCCUGAAGAGAACGAUGACUUGGGCCCAUUGCCUGAUAACUGGGAAAUGGCUUAUACAGAAAAAGGGGAAGUGUACUUUAUUGACCAUAACACAAAGACAACAUCAUGGCUGGAUCCACGACUUGCGAAAAAGGCUAAACCUCCAGAAGAGUGCAAAGAAAAUGAGCUUCCAUAUGGCUGGGAGAAAAUUGAUGAUCCCAUUUAUGGCACUUAUUAUGUUGACCACAUAAAUAGAAGAACACAAUUUGAAAACCCUGUGCUAGAAGCAAAAAGGAAGCUACAGCAGCAUAACAUGCCCAACGCAGAACUUGGAACAAAGCCUAUGCAGGCCCAAGGUUUCCGAGAAAAACCACUCUUCACCCGUGAUGCAUCACAGCUGAAGGGGACUUUCCUCAGCACCACUCUUAAGAAAAGCAACAUGGGUUUUGGAUUUACCAUCAUUGGUGGGGAUGAGCCAGAUGAGUUUCUUCAGGUGAAGAGUGUAAUUCCUGAUGGGCCUGCAGCACAAGAUGGGAAAAUGGAAACAGGUGAUGUGAUUGUCUAUAUUAAUGAAGUUUGUGUCCUUGGACAUACUCACGCAGAUGUAGUCAAACUCUUCCAGUCUGUUCCUAUUGGUCAGAGUGUCAACUUGGUGCUAUGUCGUGGAUACCCUUUGCCCUUUGAUCCUGAAGAUCCUGCCAACAGCAUGGUGCCACCCCUUGCAGUAAUGGAGAGGCCUCCGGUAGUGGUAAAUGGAAGACAUAACUAUGAAACUUAUUUGGAAUACAUUUCUAGGACUUCUCAGUCUGUUCCAGACGUAACAGAUCGACCACCACACUCCUUGCACUCCAUUCCAGCAGAUAGUCAGCUUGAUAGCACAUUCCCACCACCUGCCCAUGAUGAUAAUGUAUCAAUGGCUUCUUCUGGGGCCACCCAAGCUGAACUUAUGACCUUAACCAUUGUGAAAGGGGCCCAGGGCUUUGGCUUCACUAUAGCAGACAGUCCUACAGGACAGAGGGUGAAGCAAAUUCUAGACAUUCAGGGAUGUCCUGGUUUGUGUGAAGGUGACCUCAUUGUUGAGAUCAACCAGCAGAAUGUACAGAACCUGAGCCAUGCAGAAGUAGUGGAUAUACUUAAGGAAUGUCCUGUUGGAAGUGAAACUUCUUUGAUUAUCCAUAGAGGAGGUUUCUUUUCUCCAUGGAAAACUCCAAAGCCUGUGAUGGAACGAUGGGAGAAUCAAGGCAGCCCUCAGACAAGCCUAUCUGCUCCAGCUAUGCCACAGAAUAUUCCCUACCCACCCACUCUUCACAGGAGUUCAUUUCCCGAUUCAACAGAGGCCUUUGAUCCACGGAAACCUGACCCAUAUGAGCUGUAUGAGAAAUCAAGAGCUAUUUAUGAAAGUAGGCAACAAGUGCUGCCCAGGACUGGUUUUCGAGUGGAUUCCUCUGGUCCUGAUUACAAGGAGUUGGAUGUUCACCUUCGAAGAAUGGAGUCUGGUUUUGGUUUCAGGAUCCUUGGAGGAGAUGAGCCUGGACAGCCUAUCCUCAUUGGAGCAGUAAUUGCAAUGGGCUCAGCAGACAGAGAUGGUCGCCUCCAUCCUGGUGAUGAACUUGUGUAUGUGGAUGGGAUUCCAGUGGCCGGCAAAACCCACCGAUAUGUGAUUGAUCUUAUGCAUAAUGCUGCUCGAAACGGGCAGGUGAAUCUUACUGUGCGGAGAAAGGUGCUAUCCACAGAGGCCUGCAGCCAGAAAGGGCCCCCUCCGCCUGCCGCGACGCCCCCCUGCAGCUCCCCCAGCACUAGGAAAAUGGCCAAUAACCAAGGAGAGCCAUGCCCAGAGAAUGGCAGAAGCCCAGGCUCUGUGUCCACACAUCACAGCUCUCCAAGAAGUGACUACGCGACUUAUGCUAACAGCAAUCACGCUGUCUCCAGCAGCAACGCGACUCCCCCAGAGGGCUUCACAUCCCACAGCCUGCAAACCAGCGACGUGGUGAUCCACCGCAAGGAGAAUGAAGGGUUCGGCUUUGUUAUCAUCAGCUCCCUGAACAGGCCCGAGUCAGGGUCCACAAUCACUGUACCCCAUAAAAUAGGGCGGAUAAUUGAUGGGAGUCCUGCUGAUCGCUGUGCAAAACUUAAAGUUGGAGACCGGAUCUUAGCUGUGAAUGGCCAGUCUAUCAUUAACAUGCCUCAUGCAGAUAUUGUGAAGCUAAUUAAAGAUGCAGGUCUCAGUGUAACGCUUCGCAUCAUUCCUCAGGAGGAGCUGAACAGCCCAGCCUCAGCACCCAGCUCAGAGAAGCAGAGCCCGCUGGCCCAGCAACACAGCCCCCUGGCCCAGCAGCAGCAGCAGCAACAGCAGCAGCAGCAGCAGCAGAGCCCUCUGGCCCAGCAGCAGCAGCAGCAGCAGCAGCAGCAAAGCCCCUUGGCCCAGCAGCAAAGCCCCGUCGCCCAGCACAGCCCUGUGGCACAGCCCACACCCCCACAACCCCUGCAGCUACAGGGACAUGAGAACAGUUAUAGGUCAGAAGUAAAAGCCAGACAGGACGUGAAACCUGAUAUCCGACAACCUCCAUUUACAGACUACAGGCAGUCUUCAACUGACUACCGCCAGCCUCCCCUGGACUACAGGCAUCCUCCUGUGAUGGAUUACCAGCAGCCACCCCCUCUUGACUACAGGCAGCCACCCUUGCUGGACUACAGGCAGCACUCUCCUGACACCCGGCAGUACCCCCUGUCAGACUACAGACAGCCCCAGGACUUUGAUUAUUUCACCGUUGAUUUGGAGAAGGGAGCCAAAGGUUUUGGGUUUAGUAUUAGAGGAGGAAGAGAGUACAAAAUGGAUUUAUUUGUGCUGAGGUUAGCAGAAGAUGGACCAGCAAUAAGAAAUGGAAGGAUGAGGGUAGGGGAUCAAAUAAUUGAAAUCAAUGGAGAAAGCACAAGGGACAUGACACAUGCCAGAGCAAUAGAGCUAAUCAAGUCUGGUGGCAGGAGAGUGCGACUGUUGUUGAAACGUGGAACAGGCCAGGUCCCUGAAUAUGACGAGCCAAGCUCCUGGAGCGCUCCCGCUGCCGCCUCCCCAGGUCUGCCGGAAGUAGCUCUGUCCCUCGACGACAUAAUCUCACCAUUAUCCUCAUCACACAUAGCCCCACCCUCUGACCCUUCUCACCAGAUAUGCCCAGAACCAACAUGGGAUAUCAAGAGGGAACACGAUGGAAGGAAACCAAAGGAGCUUUCGGUGAACGGCCACAAAAAGAAAAGGGUAGGAGAGCAAAGAGAAAGGUCAGCAAGUCCUAAAAAGGCAGACAGGUCAAAGCACGACGAGCCUUCUUGGAAAGGAUAUUCAGAAGGCAAAACUAAGGUGACAGAUGGUGGCAGGCUCACCUCGGAAAGCAGAGCGGUGGGACACAGCGUUAUGAUGGAGGCUGGCGUGAGAGAGCACAUGUGUGCUGGAAGCAGUGAUGAACAGUUUGGGAGGCUGAAGAAGCCGGAAAGCAAGAGGGGAGGAUCUCUUAGCAAAAAAGAAGAUCACAGAUCCACAAAUACCAGUGAGAAGAAGUCAGCUGCAGCACCUGACCAUGCCAAGCUUGAUGCAGGUGCUACCAAGACAUACAGUAGCAAUCGCUGCAGCUCGCCUGGAAGCGAUAUGGAUCACAGCCAGAGGGAUCCUGAUGGGAAACCCAGUGAGUUCCCCAGGAAGGGACAUCUCCACCCCAUUAGCACUCGCAGCACCAACACUACAGUUCGAAAGGCAACGGUCUCCCCGGGACCGUGGAAAAUCCCCGGCUCAGAUAAGCUACCUGGCGUCCUGAAGUCUGGCACUUCUGCCAUGAGCAGAUAAGCACGGGACUGUUGCCCUCUAACUGUCUCAAAUUGACGCAGAACAUUCUUCUUAGUUGUUGUCUCACGUUGAUUUAUUUUAAUUUAUUUUAACUAUCACACAUAUACACAAAGCAUUGAGGGAUGAAAACAUUAGUCUGUAACUCCAUGACAAUGUGCACAGUAUCUAAUAAGUUCAAAAGCAUAUAGUCAACACGGAGAUUUGAAAUUGACCCUAAAGUCCCAGUUCCAUUUUAGGGACUUUGGCAGCUAUGGAAGAAACCAAAACAAUAUGAAGGACAGUACAUCAGAGAAGGAUAGUGCAGUGUAGCUUUAGCAUUUUUUUCCACUGCAUGAAGGACUUGGAUUUCAUUCAAACUUUAUAUCAAGAAACUGGAACAAGUUAGAGCAAUCGCAAACUGGAACAUCGCCUUAAAUAAAACUGCACGGAGCAAGCUGAAACUGAGAGAGAAUCUUUUCAUGGAGCUAAAAUGUUGUAAAUAAAUUGUUCUUGACAUAUCUAGACAGGGGUUAAAGGGUUUCUUUGAAGCAUUUGGAACUGUACGCCCAUGACACGUCUCCACUGUCACCGCUUUGGGAUAGUCCACGUGAUACCCUGUAGCACAGUUCGCUGGAUGCUACAGGAGGAGUUGGGAAUCUAGUGGAUUAGUUUCUGUGAUACCAUCUCUACUGCCAUUUUUGUGAACCAACCAUGUUUCUGUACAUUGGAAAGGAGUUAGGGUGGAGUUGUAUUUGCAAAUUAUUCUCCAAAGCAAUUUACUACACGUUCCCCAAAUCCUGCACAGUAGCACACAAGCCAGUUGGCCAGGCUCAAAAUUUCAACAUCCCCGAGGCCCUUGCAAUGUAUGGAAGAUUGCUACAGAGAAAAAGCUGCAGUUUCCUUAAGGAAAGGCCUUCCCAUUCUGCAGGAAAUGAGUUUCACUCAUCAACAGUGCUAUGUUCCAUACCCACCCCCAUUUCGUUAGGAUGCUCUCAUCUUCCAUUCCCUCACUUAGGCAGAGUAGGUGUCUUUGAGGCACGUAACAAUUAUUAAAUGGAAAUACACUUUUUGGUGCCCUCAAUUAGUAAAUUCGAUAUAUUUCCAUUUUUAAAAUGGUUUACAUUUUAUCAUUUCUUCCUUACCUCCAUUUUUUUUCUUUUUUCUUCUUCUUUUUUUUUUUUUUUUCUUUUGAUUUUAGUCUUUCUUGCUUGUCUGUUUUGAAUUUCAAGCCUUAAGUGCCAGGUAAACAUUCCAGUCUGCCUUCACAGGAGAUAAGUCUAAGUUCAGUCAGUCAGUCACUCUCUUGGUUCAAAAAGAUACAUGUGUGUACCUAUGAGUGUGCAUAUGCUUCUUUGUCUGUCAGAAUUGAAAAAAAAAUAAACAAAUACAAAAUCCUGGGCAAUAACACAUUGGUGAUUAAAAACAACAAUGAUGCAGUCAACAGUUCGUAUUCCAAAAUGAUUGUUCUUGAGCAAUCUUAGUUCCUCAUGCGCUCUGCUGAAACGUUAGAUUGAGAUUGUCUUUGUUCCAAGGAAUCAGCACAUAGCUGUAUGUCUCAAACAUCGCACUGGACUGAGAAAUCUAUAGGCAUGUUUCUUCCUGUCCAAUUAUCUGAAACGCCUCAAGUAAAGGAUUUUGCAGCUUUCAAAGAAUUCUUCUUUUUUUUUUUUCUUUCUUUCUUUUUCUUUCUUUUCUUUUGGGGAAAAAGAAAUUCUGUGUAUAAUUUCUGAAAAGCACAAGUCCACGUAGCUGUUUAUAAAAUGACUAUUUAGUGAAAAAAGAAAAAAAAAAAGAAAAAAAAACAACAGAAAAAGAAAAACCCCAACAAAUCUUUAUCCCCUGAACUAGAAUCGAAUAUAAUUCCAAUAUAAUUUGCCAUUAAUUUAUUGAAUCUGAUUUUGGACAAUGCUUCUGUAGUGUAGAUGCAUGUCCUGGUAUCUUAUUUUUAUGUAUAAAGAAAGCAAACAAUGAAAUCUGAAAAAAACAGUGGAGAUUAUGCUUGCAUAAACUCUAAUUUGCACAGUUCACAGCUACUCCUUGUGCAGUAAUUGCUUUAUGCGGCUGUAAUCGAUAACCUGUGAAGACAGCACAUCAUCUAAACCCCAUUCCAAAUAAUAUUUCUGUGUAGUGUUAGCUGUGAAUUUACCCUGUACAGCUCUAUCUCUAUAAAUAUAAUUCCAUGUAUUAAUAGUCACAGAAAGGCUGUAAGUGAGCAACUAUUUUUAUGAAACGCACCACUAUGGAUAAAUUAACUUUUACAGAAAUCUUGUUUACUGUAUGAUAUUCUAAACCACUGUCAAAUAAAAUAUAUAUCCAAAAAA